AUGUAUAGAACACUUUGUAGGACUGUAACGAAAGAGGAAUGGAAUGAGGAAACGUAUCCACCCCACUGCGCCGGACUAGUUUACUUCACAUCUCUUGCAGUCGUUAAACGCCUACUGAGUUCCGCUAAUUCGCAGCGCUUCUUCUGGAUCGACGACGUCUUCAUCACCGGUGUGCUCGCUAAAGCAGUUAAUGUCACCAUCGAUGAUCUAUCAAAGAAAAUUGCAAUCACAUCACGAGUUCCCCAAGAACCUAAAUGGAAGGAAGACUUUUUCUUAACGGAGAAAAAGUAUUCAAGUUAUUGGUUCCAUGUGAUCAAUUAUAACCUGCAG